AGUACCAACUUGGUGUAGGACCACGAAUAAAAUAUUGUGAAAUAAAUAUGUGAUGUGUUGUGUUUCUGACAAAUUUGUUUAGUUAAAACGAGCAAAAAAAUAAUGUAUGUGUUUGUAAAUAAUCCACUUUGUGAAAUUGUACUGGAGUUUAGUGAAGUUUUAAAAUAUGUUUUCUGCGUUACAUUGCUUAACUACAAGUGCAUAUAAAUGUCAUUACUAAUGACAGCCCAAUUACUUGGAGUUCCCAUGCAAUCGUUCGUGUUAUCUGCCAGUUGUGAGACAAAGCUGCAGGUUUCCCGCAAAAUAAUAAUGUAUAUUACUAUAAUUAAGUGUUUAAAUUAUUUGAAAAGGUGUUUUUAUAGACGGGGCUUGACGAGUGGAUGUUUGUGAGAAAGAUUAUUAAUGCAGAGUGACUGACCAUAUAAUUAGAGAAAUGGCACCAUCUGCCACAUGUUGUUCUCCACGUCACCUAGUGUUGCAUGUGCUUGAUGCAAGCUCUCUCAUUUUGGUGCUGGUGCUGCAAGGAAGUGUACUUAAUUACUACAUCAUAGACCAUUACAAGAGCUCUGUGAAUCCAUACUUCUGGUUCCUAGCUGACUUUGCAACUGUAUUUGUGUUUGCUGGAACUCUCACCAUCUCAUAUCAAUAUCUUACAAAAGUUCGCUUUGCAGAAAAUGACAGUAAAUUACCAAGUGGUGCUAUGUUUCCUUUGUCACCAAAGCGUCUCACUCGGCGUUUUCCUGUGUCACGUCUUGGGAUUAUGCCCCUCAGUUAUUGUUCUUGGCUUAUUUAUUGUACCUUCUUAUUGUCUAAGAUUGUACUGAUCGUUCGUUCUGGUAUCUUAUAUGAUUUGUCUCCACAAGCAACAUUUGGGCCACAGCUACUACAGAUAACAAUAGCACUAUCAGGUGUGGUGUUUCUGUUACUUGUAGAAGGUCACAAUUGGGCACCACGUGGCUCGCCUAGAUAUCUCUUUGUGACCUUGGUGUGCGGCAAGACUGCUAUAGAAAUUCUUGACACUGUGAGCCUAUUAUCACUUCUCCACACACAUCCUGUGCGCCACCUGGGAGCACUCCAUGCUGCCCUUCAAGGCCUGGAGAUACCUAUAACAGUAUUGUGCUGUUUCAACUUUGUGCUACCUGCAUUGGCUCUGUACAAACUGAGCUUGACUGAUGUGAGUGCAGAGGUACUGGCACUUCCUGUUUCUCUCCUUUACAAUUUGCUGCAUAUGAUGUUGAUAGACUUGCCUUAUUUGGGAGUGCGCCUGUACCUCUGGUUAAACUAUGACCACUCAACAUCAGUACUUCUUAUGAAAAAUGUGUUCGGAAUUAUCUUGGCCCUUCGUGGUUUGAUACCAGAUGUGACAGAACUCGUUCGGCGCCGGCGCACUGCUGAUGGAACCCCUAAGCCAGCUGCUGCCAAUGGGUAUUUGGAAGGAGGGGCUGGAGAGCUCUUAGAGCUGCAGCCAGUGCCUUGUGUGAAGGAAGCUGGUGAUGCUGCAGCAGAAGGGGAUUGCAUUCCACGCCUUGCUAUUGAGCAGGCUCCUGACGCACCUACUUCCGAAUCCAAUAUUAGUGCACAUGCUUAAUAUAAGUAGUUCUGCAAACAGGGUUUAUUUAUUUAACUUGCCAUUGAUUUAUGAAAUGCACAAGCUUUAAGAUUUUUGGGACCAUUAGAAUUGUCUAAUUGUGAAUUGUGCCUAUCAAUAACUUACUAUUUACUUCCAUAAUGGUCUCAGAAGAAUGAGAUGAAAGUUAUACAAAACUUCCUUGUGCUCUCUUCUUUUAUUCUAGAGUGCUAUUCACUCUUACUAAGGGCAUCAAUAUUACAUUAAUUAAACUUCUUGCCUUUUGAAACAGCAGAGCACAAGCUAAUGGAGUGAAAUGCCUGUGAAAAAAUAGUAAUCUCAUAGACAAUGUAAGAUAAUGUUUCAGGUGGAAAGAAAAUAGCUUCCAUCAGUAGAUAAUACUUGCUCUAGUCAUACCAGAAAAUGUUAGGCUCAUGUGAUCUUCACUUCCUUUCUGGAUUUUUAUUUCAAUCCUUCAACUGGGACUCUCUUUCAAAAUAGAUUAUUUAGUUUUUUCACUUUAUUGUCUUCCAAUUUUAUAUUUAUUUUUCAUUUCCUUCCUCAAAACAUUUUGUAUUAGGUAUUUAUAACUUUGUAGGCCAUUUAACAUUUGACAAUAUUUGUAGGUUAAUAUGUAUAUGUACCAAGUGCAUUUCUUUCUUUUUUCCCUUCCACUUUACUAUCAACUACAAAUAAUGAUUAAUCAGUUAGCAUGAAUGAAAGUGGAAACAUUUUAGUAUAAUUAAAAUUUUUCUUUUUCUUGAAUGUGGAUUGUGCUAUUAGAAUUCUAGAGACUCAUUGUGUUGAACAACAUUGCUAUUUACCUCUUCUUCUAAUCAAGGAUUAGGUUCAUCAACCUGUUCUGGUGACCAUUUAGCACGUGGUCUUCCAACGUCACAUUUUCCUUUUGGUCGAUAAUGCAUUGCCAAAGCCGGAAGUCUGCUUCUUGGCAUUCUUCUUAGAUGUUCGCAUCAUUUCUUGUUAUUUUUGACCGGCUCGUCGAGCACUGGUUCUAUCCCGAGUUCUCCCCUUAGAUCACUAUUUCUUUUUUUAUCUAAAAUGUAUAUCCUAAAUAUCGAAUAAAUUUCAUUUCUGCUGCCUGAACUUUUGAUUUAUCUCAGUUUGUCAUUACUCGAGCUUCAUUUCUGUAUGUUAAAAUGGGCACAGCCACAGUAUUGAAAAACUUUACUCUAGUAUCUUUUCGUGUUUUGUUUCUCAAAUUCCUAUAAAUUGUUCCACAUAUGUUUCGGAAAUGGUUUAAUUUUAUGUCCAGGUCUAUGUUUUUUCCAUAAGAAAUAUGGCAUCCUAGAUACUUAAAGUGUUUUACUUGCUCUAUUAUUUCAUCUUCGAUGACUAUUUUUGUUCUUACAGAAGUUUUCCCUUUAAAUGCUUUAAAUUGUUUUUGUUUUAUUAGUGGAGAUUUUGAGGUUAUAUUCCUUAAUUAAUUGGUUUAGUGCAAAAGCAGCUUUCUGUAAUUUAUCCUCAUUUUCCUGAAUGAUCACUCGUCAGUGUAUAAAAGGGAGUUCAUAAAAAUUUUGUUUCCAAGAUGUAUUCCCGGGUCAAUUAACAUUUUCCAUGUUCUCAACAUAUCGUCAAUAUAAAUGUUAAAAAGGGUUGGCGAGAUACAGCAACCCUGCCUUACUCCUUUGUUAGUGGGAAUCUCUUCUGUCAUUUUCCUUCCUACUA